AAGAAAAGAUUAAUUGCAUAUACAAUGUCUUUGUUUAUCUCAAAAUUUCUUUUGUUAUGUGCAUUGACGUUACUAUUGCUGCAUAAUGUAGUUGGAUUGCAUGUGGAAAUGACUAACAAGUCGACCGACUUCAAACGUUUGAAGUUUCCUGUAUUGAAUGUGGUAAUGACUAACAAGUUGACCGACGGUUUGAAGUUAACUGUUCAUUGCAAAUCUAAAGACAAUGAUCUUGGAAUUCAUGUUCUUGUUCCUGGUCAAAGUUAUGGAUUUAAAUUUAGACAUAACUUAUUUGGUGAGACACUAUUCUUUUGUUUCUUUAAGUGGAAUGAUGUGACACAUUGGUUUGAUAUAUAUGAAGAUGAAAGAGAUUAUGCUACUUGUAAGUCUUGCUAUUGGGAUAUAAAGCAAACAGGACCGUGCCUGAAAGAUCCAAAGGGUGAUAUUUGCUAUCCUUGGAAUAAAUAAACUAAUAUUAUGUCAUAUAUAUAUAUAUAUUAAUAAAGUUGUAUUUGGAGUAAUGAGAAUUCAAUGUUAUAAAUUUGAAA